AUGGGCGCUGGACCUUCUUCAUCUUCCUCCUCUUUUGACGCCUCCUCCAUACCACCUUCGCCAUCAGACAACAACGGCAACAUCCACAAUCACAGCAUCCGCCAUGUCGCCAGUUCCAACCGUCUCUCCAGAGCGCCCAAGCGCGAGUCGUCCCUUCCUUUCUCUCCGCCCACUAUCCUCCCUGCUCUCCCCCCAUUGAUACCCGUAUCAAGGAUUACCUCGCCCACCUCCCCCUCUGGAUCCAUGCCCACCUCAGCAACAACAGCAACACCAGUAUCAGCGUCCGUCGCUGGAAGAAUGAAAGGCCACUCCCUCUCGUCAAUCCCCGCCCAUGAUUCGAGGAAGGCACCUGCUACCGAAUCAAGGAUGGUUCCAUCCGGUUGGCCCGCAGACCCCAAUUCAACUGAGACAGGAAAGGUACCAACAGGGGAACCCAACACCGAGCCAACUGCAACUUCCGGACUAACACCAGCCUCAGGACAAGAACCGACAACUCCAUCCACAGUCAUCACUCCUCCAGAGGACUACAGUGCCAAAAAUACCCAGGACAAUGGCAACGGCAAAAACACACACACAAAUACGGGGACCGAGGCCAAUUCAGGAGAGACUGACGACUUGUCAACAUGGCCAGAGCACCCUCGCCAGUUCCUGGAGCGAGUCAAGGAAACAGUGUCCAAGGCUGAGCUCGGAACCCUCCUGUCCAAAGAGCCCGAUCCAUUCCACCAAGCCGUGCUCAGGAUCCAUAUGGAAUCGUUUGACUUUAGGCGAGAUCCCAUCGACCUUGCCCUUCGGCACAACAAAUCGAUCGAGUUCUCGAAGCAUUCGCCGGCCAGUACCACGCAUGCAAUCCCCAUCUCUUUCGUUCAUCAGGCAGACGUUGUCUAUACAAUUGCGUUUUCACUUAUGCUCCUCCAUACCGAUGCCCAUAACAAGAACGUCCGUUACAAGAUGUCCAAGGAUCAAUAUGUCCGUCAGGCGAAAAGCAUCGACGGCGUCAAUACCAUCCCUGCUGACAUUCUGGAGGUCCUUUACGACAAUAUCACAUAUUUGAAGUUUGUCUAUGCAGAGGAUGAGAUGGACGUGGACGGACAGAGGAUUGCAGAAGUUCAGCCUACCAGUGGAUCAUGGUUCCCUCGUCGACGGACCGCCAGCAAUCAGCGGGCCGACUCUUACAACAUGAUCCGACAUGGAAGCAUUGCACAUUUGGCACCAGAUCUUACGGAUCUGAUCCCUUUUCGCUGGCCGUAUUACUGGAAGGGCACGAUCGAAAUGGUCGAUAACGUGCAGAUCAACAACCAGUUCACAAGGGCACCCCUCACAUAUGUCCCAGGAUUACGAACCAGAGGACAUGGGCACUAUAUAUCCCACGAACCAUCUAAUCUCGGACAAGGAGCGCACUCUAUCCGACCAGAGACCAUGAUUCACCUUGAUGGCGACCGGGAUCCAACAUCAGACGCGGUACGACGAUACAACGACAAUGUGGUCGUCUCUCAGGAUGGCAGCGCUGAGCUCAAGAUUGUCAAGUUUGGCGUUCUUUCCCGCAAGAUUGACGUCGAAAACGGCAAGAAGAGCGCUGUCAGAGGAUGGAGGGAUUUGGGCAUUAUUUUGAGCGGUUCACAACUCUUGUUCUUUACCGACACCACCUGGUUUCAGCAACAACGCGCCUCCAAUGUCGGAUUCAACCCACAAGACCCACCAGAGGAAGAUGGAUACUUUGCAUCGGAAAUGCGUGGCGGUUCACCUUCGAUGCCCCAAGCCUUGAUCUCGACUCUGGAUUCCAUUGCAGUGAUCGAUAGCAGCUACCAAAAAUACCCCCACGUGUUCCGUCUUGUCUGUCCGAACGGCAAGCAGUACCUCUUCAGAGCGGACUCGGAGCACGAGAUGAACGACUGGAUGGCCAAGAUCAACUAUGCCUCAGCCUUCAAGACUGCUGGUGUCCGACUCCGCAACUAUCGGGUCGCAUGGGCGGACGACGUGUUCUGGAUCAAGGAUGAGCAGGGUCGACACCAACUGCGGAGACGACAAAAGGCGGAAUCACCGACCCGAGCUGAACCACUGGAUGGGCGUUCUCAAUUGUUGCAGGCAAAGAUGAAGGAUAUCGAUCGCCAAAUCAAUGCCUGCUCGGCUUCCUUGGCCGCUGAGCUCCGUCUGGCCCGUGGGCUUGAAGUGAUGAUUCCUCUCCAAAGCACGACCCGCCAAAAGAUUGUCCAGAGUGCGACUGUUGUCGGCAAGCGUUUGCGACAGUUGAUGUUGGAGCGGACUAAAUUGGAUUGCUACCGCACUAUCCUCGAGCGUGACUUGGCAGUCAUCUCCGCCGAGCGUCCAGAACUUGGAUCAAGCAGGCUUUCCUGCCAUGGACUGGGCGUCAGUGUAUACGGGAACGAAAGUCUUUCAGGAACGACGGACUAUAGUCAUACCACGGUGGACUCGGGCACACUUCGGUCUGGGACUGAUGGCCUUGGGCAAGAUCCGGAUGGUCUCGACUAUACCAAAACAUUGCGACAGCAUCCGUCCAUGCCAUCAGAUCAACGACAUCAGUUGAGCCAUCGUUGUAGUCCCAGUAUGAACGACCACAUGGACCACAUCAAGGACGAGUAUGUUCUGGACUCGACCAGAACCAGCCAGAGCAGCAACAGGAGUAUGAAGGGACCGAGCAGACCUCGACUCCAUGUUCCCGACUUUCAAAGGACGGUCAGCGAGAAUGUCAUCAAUGACGCUCGCCGAUCCCAACCCACCAACAAUGCCGAGAUUCCCAUUGGACCGAUGGCGAUCCAAGCAGCAAUUAUUGAUGCUGCUCGCGGGACGCAAGGGACGAUUCCCAGCACCAUGUCGAGUCCGGAUCCCAAUCACUACCAGAGCGCAGGUGGUCCCUCUCCUACCCAUGCUUCGUCUCAGCAACACAGCCAGUCUCCGAACGGCCCGACCACUGGGCCUGCCUUGUUGACACCGGAGACGGGGCGAUCCAUCACUCGAUCCCGUGCGCUGUCAAUGCCUGGACAGCGUCCCAACAUGAUGCCCAGGACAGUGUCGAUCUACUCGAGCAGUUCCCAGACAGCCAGUCGACUGAAACAGAUCUUUGAGCAAGGACUGGGUCAUUUCAAGUGGGGAUCUUCCAACCAGUCGAACCCUGGGUCCACGUUGAAGUCCAACACGUUGUUCUCCCCUGGCGACAAUGACAGUGACCCAGCCUUUGUCCCUGAGAGUUCUUCUCGGCCUUAA